UCUUUUUUAGUUGGAAGAACUUUAUUAUUAUAUACUACAGCUACAUGUUACCUCUGUUUUCUGCUCUGUCACUCACUUCAGAGUUCUCACACUACACUUCAUUCUCGUAAUCUCAUGUGUUCCUGACAAACCACCACCAUGAAACCGCCGCCGCCUCCGCCGCCUCCGCCGCCGCGAUCUCUUCCACCUUCCCUCAUUGUCCUUCUCCUCCUUCUCCUGCUCUCCACCCCCAUUGCCACAUCUCUCUCUCUCCCUCACCCUCCAACCCCAUCCCCCACAUCAUCUCCAUCAUCACCUUCCACAUCCACCACCUCCACCCUUGACCCAAAGCAAGCCAUAGCCCUUGAAUCCCUCAACAUACCCACCUCACGAGACCCCUGCGCCCAACCCUCCUUCCACAAUGCCACCAUCUGCGACUCCUCCAAACCCUUCCGCCACCUCAUCUCCCUCCGCCUCGCCAACUGCUCCUCCUAUCUCUCCCUCUCCUUCACCGCCCUCAAGUCCCUCUCCACCCUCCGCUCCCUCUCCCUCCUCAACUGCCCCCUCUCCCCCGUUCGUCUCCCCCCGGAACUCGCCUCCUCCCUCACCUCCUUCUCCUCCAUCAACGGCUUCCGCCGCAUCUCCGGCGUCUGGCUCUCCCAGCUCCAGAACCUCACCUCCCUCACUGUCUCCGGCGGCCAAAUCAAAGCCUCCGGCCCCUUCGUCAUCCUAGCCCACAUGACCAAGCUCAAAACCCUGGCCAUCUCCAACGCCAACCUCACCGGAUCCCUCCCCGGCCACCUCCACUCCAACCUCACUUUCAUAGAUUUCUCCAACAACCGCCUCAAAGGCAAUAUCCCCCCUUCCAUCACCAUGCUCGACUCCCUCCAACUUCUUAACCUCUCCUCCAACUCCCUCACCGGCGAAAUCCCUUCCUCCCUCGGAGACCUAAUUUCCCUCACAAACCUCUCCCUCGCUUCCAACUCCUUCUCCGGCUCCAUCCCCGAUUCCAUUUCGGCCCUCCCCAGCCUACUUCACAUGGAUCUGAGCUCCAACCAACUCAACGGAACCAUUCCCAAGUUCAUUUCCCAAAUGAAGUCUCUGAGGUACUUGAAUCUCGCCAACAACAACCUCCGCGGCGUUCUGCCCUUUAACCUCACUUUCAUCAAGCGAUUGGAGGUCUUAAAGGUUGGUGGCAACACUAACCUCUGCUACAACCACUCCACCAUUUCUUCGAAAUUGAAGCUCGGCAUCUCUCCCUGUGAUAAGUACGGAAUGCCGGUGACUCCGCCCUCUAAGGACUCGUCCGCAGAUGAUAGCACUGACGAUGAUUACGAUGAUGGUGAUGGGGAGGGGAUUAGACACAAGAAGGAGCACCAUCAUGGUCCUAACAAGUUCGUUCUCGGUGUCGCCAUUGCCCUCUCUUCCAUUGUCUUUCUCAUUGUUUUCUUAAUCCUCUGCUCCAAGUGCUGUCGUUAGAGGAAAUUUUGGAUAUUUUUAGGGGUUACAGAGUAGGUUGAAGGGAAGGAAAGAUAAUGAAUAUGUAACUGCCGAAACAAAAUUGGAAGAUAAAGAAUAAAAUAAUGAAAUUGUUGUAUCUUGGUGGAGAUAUUUGGAAAAACAAGUCAGGAGAGACAUUGAAUCGACUUCAUGGGAAGUGUACUGCGUUUCUUUCUAGAUUUUUAAUUUUUGAUACCGCCUUAUUCGUUGUUUGGAGUAGAAGGUGGACAAUGGUGCAUGUGGGUUUGGUAUCUUAAAGAUGUGUGUUACUUGUGUUAUAAGUCUUUGUUUUUUCAUACUUGUGAUUCCUAACUAUACACCUUUUUCAUUUGUUUCUUGCAUUAAUAAUCUCUGCCUUUUUACUUAGUUAGCUGGGAAAAUUCGUGUUUGUUUGCUUUCUAGAUUCAGCGCAGAAGUUGGAGACAAAAACUUUCCAAGAUUUAGGUAAAUAGACAGUGAUGCUCUAUUAUUUGUGGGCACAUCUAGAGAAAAAAUUUCCUAGUUUGAGUAGGAGAGAAGGACAGUUGCUUAAGUAGAUAACGGUUGGUGGUAUUAUUUGCAAACUGGAAAUUGUAUGAUUGUGUUACUGUUAAACAUUGGAUAUGAGCUGUCUUGAUAUGCAGAUAAGUUAGGGUGAUGCUAAAUACUAGAAUG